AUGUCCAAACAUGUGCCGAAGACAGAGAGAGUGCUAAGCGUCCAGUCGCACGUCGCGUUCGGGUACGUGGGGGGCAAGGCGGCGGUGUUCCCUCUACAGUGCUUGGGAUAUGACGUCGAUGUGGUGAAUACCGUGAAUUUUUCCAACCACUCCGGAUAUGGCCGCUUUGGCGGUUCGAGAGCGAGCGCAUCUGAGCUGGCAGGAAUAUUCCAGAUCAUGGAAGACAAUGGGCUGUUGUUCCCGGAUAGACUUCUCACAGGUUACAUCCCCGGAGCGGAAGCUUUAGCGGCUGUGAAGGAAAUCGCCUUGAAGCUUAAGCAACGUAACCCUGAGCUCAUAUACCUACUAGAUCCUGUCCUGGGCGAUGCGGGCAGAUUAUAUGUUGCGCCUGAUGUCAUACCCAUCUACCGGGCAGCAUUGCCAUACGCUACAAUCAUCACACCUAAUUGGUUUGAAGUAGAAGUUCUCACAGAUAUUAAAAUGACGGACUCAGCGUCGUUGCGGCGCGCGAUGAAGAUUCUACAUGACGAAUACCGCGUCCCGAAUGUCGUGAUCAGCUCUAUCCCGCUUCGUGCGUGGCUCGACGACCUCCUCCCAGCUCAGAUACGACCUUCGUCUCAACACACGGAUAUCGACUUCCUGCUCUGCAUCUCCUCGUCCUCCUCCCCCGCCAAUUCCGGAGGGGAAGGUGGAGCGGGACGGGAGAGGAUGUUGUCUGCACACGUCCAGUGCAUACCCUGCCUUCCGGGCUACUUCUCUGGCGUGGGCGACCUUUUCUCCGCCCUCGUGCUUGCGCACUUCCACCCUGACGCAGCGCCCGCAGGUGCGGAGACGCCGCUGUCGCACGCGGUGUCACGGGCACUGACAAAGACGCAUGCAAUACUGAUGCUCACGGACGAGCAUGCGCAGCACUUACCCGAGGACGAGCGGCUACCCACGGACGACGAGCUGGAUGCCCGCGAGCCCGACCGCAAGAUCAGGCGGAUGCGCGGGCGCGAGCUCAGGCUGAUACAGGGCCAGGACAUCCUCCGUGGCGCGACGGAUCUCGAGCCUAGACGUAUGGUACCGUGGACUACCUUCUGGGAGGAUAUAUGUUGUGUAGCGGCACGCUAA